AUGACCCUGGAGAAGUCUGACCUCUGGAAGUCCUUCCACAACCUAGCGACUGAGAUGAUAAUCACCAAACAUGGCCGGAGGAUGUUUCCCCACUGCAACGUCAGUCUAUCUGGACUCCAACCCUAUGCCAACUAUGUCCUCAUGGUGGAUAUGGUUCCUGUGGACAACUUCAGAUACAGGUGGAAUAAGGGCCAGUGGGACAUGGCUGGGAAAGCCGAGCCCCAACUCCCAUGUCGGACGUACGUACAUCCGGACUCCCCCGCCCCGGGCUCCUACUGGAUGAAGCAAUCGGUGUCCUUCCUCAAGCUCAAACUCACCAACAAUACUCUGGACCAGCACGGCCAUAUCAUCCUGCACUCUAUGCAUCACUACAUCCCACGCUUCUCUGUGGUCCAGGCUGACAGUCUGUACAAUGUACGCUGGGGACACUUCCAUUCCUUCUCCUUCCCUGAGACCUCCUUCACUGCAGUCACCGCCUACCAGAACACUAAGAUCGCUAAACUGAAGAUUGACCACAACCCCUUUGCUAAGGGAUUCAAAGGGGAAAACACCCGUACUCAUAGCAAGAGGUGUCGAUCCAAGAGUCCUGGGGAUGCUGCAAAGAAAGACAAAGAAGACAAAGAUCCAGGAAACAAAAGUCCUCCAGACCUCCAGAGGCCAAAACUAAACUGUGAGCCAGAAGAACAGAGAAUGACCCUAGGAGCCACAGAGAACGUGGUUUCGGGUAAGGAGGAUCUCUUGUCCCCCUGGGCCUUGAAACAGGACCCGUCCCAGAGGCACAGCCUGCACACUGAAAUACUGGAGCUCCACGACCACAGACAGGAAUACAGCACUGAGGAGCAGAUGGUGCCUGGCCCUGCAUCUAUGUCCUACCAACCAUACAGAUCGGUUGAGAAUUGCAGACUUCCCUCUCCCUCCUCUAUAGUGGAGGAUGGUGAAUGCAGGCGCAGCUAUGAGUCUCACGUUCCAGAUGUAGCCACUGUCCCUGGACACGAGACUACCAGACCUGGCCUUGUCAGGGACAUGGGUCACCACCACCUCACCUUGGCUCCAGCCAUGCCCCAGGACUACAGAGUGUCCCCGGUCCAUCUGCCCAUGUCCUCCAAAACCUACCCUGGGAAUAUGGGUUACAGUUACCCCCUCUAUGGCCACUACUCCACUGACCAGGGUAUGGGUCAGUGGGCUGAGUGUGGUACUGGACAGUAUUCUGGACCGUACUUUCCUCACCACCUGCCCUUCCUCACCAGUCAAACGCUGACCACAGACCAGGGCACCCUCCCAACGCAGUUUUUAUCAUCAUGGCAACAUAGCGGCAGAGUGGAGCUGGAGCCAGAACUUAAGUUUGGACAACGAGGCUGAUCUGACAAACAGAUCAGAAUAGCUGACUCAGACUCACAAAGCGAAGGAGCGGGCUUUCACAUUGUGAAGAAAGAUACUUGGGACAUUUCAGAAAAGUUUCAGAGGGGAAAAGUUGGUGAUAUUUGUGCAUGAGGUCCUAACAAAGAUAUCUUAAUGUGUGUUCUUUGAACUUGUUCUCUGCUAUGUUUGUCAAG